UGACACACAAGUCUUCAUUAACUUUCUCGGUUCAAUAUUAACCAGAGAGCUCAGUGCUUUUUUGGUACAGAAUCCACACUUGAAUCCUGCCACAGGCAUCGACAGACAUGGGAGGACUUUUGCCACUUCUGUUUUCAAGUAUCCUAAUCUUUUAUUUUGUACAGGUCUCACAUUGUGAAAAUGUGUUUCUGGACAGCAAAACAGCCUUGUCGGUUCUGAAACGCUCUCGGCGGGCAAAUGGAUAUUUUGAAGAGACAAGGAGAGGGAAUCUAGAGAGGGAAUGCUUGGAGGAAGUCUGCAGCCAUGAAGAGGCAAGAGAGGUCUUUGAAGACAAAGGGGUGACCGAUGAAUUCUGGGGAAGAUACUUAGCAUGUCAAGGCAACCAUGGUAACAGAGAUCAGAAGAACCUACCUCUGCUGAGGACAUGCUUGGAUGGUAAAUGUGUGAUGGGAGCGGGUGAAAACUACAGAGGCAAUGUUUCUGUCACUGAGUCUGGAAGGGACUGCCAGUACUGGACAAGCAACUUUCCUCACAGAAUUAAGUAUGUUUCUGGCUCUGUAAAAAUCUUUAACAUUGUGCUAUUGUAAUUGAGAUGCAAUCCA